GCAGGCAAUACAAUCAGCAGCCGAUAGCAGGCUGACAUUGUCCCAAAUUUACGAAUGGAUGGUCCAGAACGUACCCUACUUCAAGGAUAAGGGGGACAGCAAUUCUUCAGCCGGAUGGAAGAAUUCCAUAAGGCACAACCUAUCUCUCCACAACCGCUUCAUGCGCGUCCAGAACGAAGGCACGGGGAAGUCCUCCUGGUGGAUGAUCAACCCUGAUGCCAAACCUGGUAAAUCUGUGAGACGUCGUGCAGCCUCAAUGGAAACCUCCAAAUUCGAGAAAAGACGAGGUAGGGUAAAGAAAAAGGUAGAAGCCAUGAGAGUUGGCUCCGGAAUGACGACAAGUAUCACCGGAGAUAAUCAUUCGAGUCCUGGAAGUUCAGUUUCGGAAGGAUUGGAUUUGUUCCCCGAUUCACCGAUACCCGGAUUCCAACUAUCCCCGGACUUCAGACAAAGAGCAUCAUCAAACGCCUCGUCUUGCGGCCGAUUAUCUCCUAUUCCGUCCCUGCACGGAGCAGAGCCAGAUUGGACGACAUCUGGAAGUGCUGGAUAUAAUCCUCCAAACGAUUAUCAACCACAACAACAACCUGCCUUGGAUCAAUUGGCAGGAAAUUUAGCUGAAUCGAUGAAACUACAAAAUGUAGGAGAUUAUAUGCAAGGAUUUGUAAAUUCAGGAAAUCAGCAUAUUCCACCUCCGCCAUAUCAACAACCAUAUGGGACAUCACCUUAUGGCUUGCCACAAUGUCCAUUGCACAGAAUACAAAAUUGCGGUUGCAUGCACUCUUGUGAUCCUAGAGAAAGUCUAUCACCAUCAUCUUGCCCUGGUAUGUCACCGUCUUACCCUCAAUCUGAGCCAUCUCCGGAUCCCAUGGGUGGUGCACAGUAUCUUUCCACAGGUGGAGAAUGUUCUCCAUCCCAGGGUAAUUCUUCCCCUCCAAGUUCUCAAACCUCAACACUUCUGCUGAGGAGGAAUGGGACAAUCCUGGAACAGCAAAACCAAGCACCGAGCACAAUGAUGGGACAGUUGAUGGGAGCUUUGAAUAAUAGUGCACUUUUGGAUGAUUUGAAUAUUAAUAUUGAGUCUAUUCCUGGAGGCUUCGACUGCAACGUUGAUGAGUUAAUCAAGCACGAACUGAGUAUGGACGGUUCUCUCGAUUUCAACUUCCAAUCCCAAGCUGCUGCAGCAGCCGCCAUGGCCGCUCACCAUCAGCAACAACAGCAACAUAAUCACCACCAAUUAGGUGGCAAUCAUCUACAACACUUGCACCAUCAACAUCUACAUCACCAUGCUGGCGGUUCCGUACAAUUGGCGUCGGGGACUGGUCUUGGCGGUAGUGAUAGUUCGAGGACAUUAGGCGAUGGUGGUGUCAAUGGAAAUGGUGCAAGGGGUGUGGCGGUGUCCAGUCAAUCUGCUCAAUAUUCGGCGAGUGUGACACCACCGUCUUGGGUGCACUAGCGCCGCGGGCGCCGUCCUGACGGCGCUUACAGAUUUUGGACAAUGUGCGAACGAAUACCAGCCAUUAUGGAGGAGUGAAAUCGCCGAAGCUCAAUCACCCAAAAAAACGUAAGAACUAUAAAAAAUCUUACUAUAAAAUUAAAUUCUAGCUUUUUCACUAUCGUGAUGAUU